AUGAAUGCAUUUACAACAAGCAGUGACCCCAAAAUAGUUGGAGGCUACUACUUGGAGGCAGUCGAGAGACAAGGGGGGUGUCCAAGGAUUGUCAGAGGCGACCGGGGUACGGAGAAUGUCAAAGUCCGAGACUUUCAGCGUUUUCUCCGUCUGAAUCUACAGGACACGUCUGCUAUUGACAGCUACAUUGAAGGGGCAAGCAUGGCUAACCAGAGGAUAGAGAGCUGGUGGGGCUUCCUCAGAAGGGAAUCAUUGGAGUUUUACAUCGCUCUGUUUGUUGAUCUGAAGGACCGGGACUAUAUAUAUUUUAUGAAAUAUAAAUCCAUGAAGACUAGGCCUACAUGUUACAGCUUACUUAUGUUGAUUCAUCAGACAGGGUCAACAUAUGGUCGAAAGAUGAUGACCGGGUACCUGUCUGCAAUGGGAGUGGUUGCUGGUGAACGCCGGGUGGGGAAGAUUUUGAGAACAACUCAUUGUCCCUAUCACGAAAUGCGCAAACGUGGUGCACGUAACCUUAACCCCGUCCCCUACAGUGCUGCAUACAUGGGACACAAAAUCCACAUCGACCAGAAUGAAAAAUUGGUCAUGUUUGGAGUGACACAUGUUCUCGCAAUAGAUGGGUACAGCAGUAAGGUCGUUGCCCACGCAACCAUGCCAGUCAAGAAUAACCUCACGAUAUAUGAAGAAGUUUACAGAUCAGCAGUUCUUGAAUAUGGGAUGUGGGACCAGGUCAGGGUGGACCAUGGCCGGGAAUUUUACUUGUCCCUCUACAUGCAGGAGAUGCUGUCUAACCACAGACACAACUUGCAAAGGCAACCAUAUUGCCAAACUCAGUCAACAAAGGUGAGGUAACGGUCUCCUUAAUGUACAAAA